AUGUCUUCCUCCCACGCUUUGGAGUUCCACGGCCCCGGCUGGCACGACGAGGCCCGAACCCCAGUGGUCGAUGGCAAGUACUACGAUCGCGCCACGGGCGAGAUCCGCACCGCAUCCGACGGCGACCAUCAAGAGUACAUGGGCCCGCCGGCUGUCGGCAUUGUCAUCCGGAGCCAGCACAUUGACACCGUUCAGUGCGUAUACCGUGCGUCGCGGACGCUCCCCAUGGAGACGCUCCUGGGUCACAUCAUGAAGGUUGUCGGGGAGAAGAAGUUGGAGCUGGAUUCGGUCAUUGCCACGACGGAGCCAAACCGUGAUAGUCAGAAGUACUACUUUGUCUUCAACAGGCGAGGCCAUCAACACUUGCGUCUAUUGUCGAUUAACUACACUAGAGGUGUCAAGGUCCUAGCAGAAGAAGCAAGCGAGACCUUUUUUGACUAUCACCAGAAAGCCUAUUUCAAGCUGCUACCUAGCACAAACGAAUUCCUGUGGGCAAGCAAGAGGGACAGCUGGAAUCACCUCCAUCUAUUCAACUUGGAGGACGGCGAGCGUAAGGCCCAGAUCAAAAAAGGCGAAUGGAAUGUGCACUCCAUCGGCCAUGUUGACGGCAAGAAUCGAAAGUUGUGGGUUCGCGCGCUGGGUAUAAUCCCAUACGAAGACCCGUAUUAUGCUCCUCUCGUCUCUGUCAUCUUCGACGGCUCGAUGCUGCGGGUCAUUACUAACAGCAACGGAAGCCAUACUUGGCAAUGGGGGCCACGACGGCACUUCUUGAUCGUCGACGCCGAGUUCCCCGACCGCAUCGCCUGGAUCCGCGCAGCCGCCCGGUCGCGGCCCUCUAUGGACUUCUCCCGUGUCGGCUGCUACGGCUACUCGGCCGGCGGCCACAACGCCGCCGCCGCCGUGAUCCACCACGCCGACUUUUACAAGGCCGCCGUGGCGGGCGCCGGCAGCCACGACAACCGCCUCGGCAUCUUUCUGUGGAGCGAAAUCUUCAUGGGCUACCCCGUCGACGCGAGCUACGAGCGCUGCUCCAACGUCACACACGCGCACAAGCUCAUGGACGCGCUGAUGCUCUGCGUCGGCGGCCUGGAUCACAACGUCGAUCUGUCGUCGACAGUGCGACUGGCGCACAGGCUGAUUGGGGCGAACAAGAACUUUGACAUGGUGAUUGUGCCCAAGGGCGCGAACCGCGCGGGCGAGACGCCGUGA